AUGUCUUUCACACAAAGGAAAAAUGACGCUCGUACCAAGCGGCAGUCAGGCCGACGGAGCCGAUCAUUUGGCGGUUGCGUUACUUGCCGCGGUCGUCGUGUCAAGUGCGAUGAAGGCCGUCCGGGGUGUUCAAUGUGCCACAUCGCUGGUGUCGAGUGUGGAGGCUACAACAAAGAUAUUUUCUUUGAUUUUGAUGAUCCAUCAAUUUCAACGACAAAAUUUCGACGGCCAUUGCUCACAUACAAUGAAAGGAAGCGCAUGAGCGAGCAGAUCGCCCAGGACGUUCCUCCCACAUUAGCAAGUUGGCAUCUGUCGAAAAUCGAUGACGAAUGUGAGAAAUCGUCAUCAGAAAUACAGAUAUCGAGAGGUCCGUUUGGGGCUUUUAGGGUCAAGCAAAGGUUAGUGCAAAAUCCUGCUAGCGUCUUGGAGGUGGCACAUGGGGACCUUGUCGACUGUUCAAACAUCCACGAGGUGGAUGACGAGGAAGACAUUGUCAUCCCCGACCUUGACUUUGACAUCGAGCUUAUCACUCCAUCCGUGGGCAUCACAACGACUGAACAAGUUACUCGACAACCGCAAGACUGGUCAAACAGCUUUGACAGUCUGCCUCUAACCAACUGGCUGAAUCCUGGAAAUAUCGACAUACCAGACUGGUGGGAUUCCAUGGAUAUUGGACCAGUGCUACCCUGGGCCGAUAUGUCCGUGAUUACUCCAAAGCCUCGGUCACCGAUUCUAAUAUCAUCCACCAUCCAAGUCCGGUCAUCCAUACCACCUCUCGUUGAUCCAUCGCCGAGUCCGGGUCCAUUGGUCGAAGAUGACGUCCCCAGAGACGCUGUAUUACUCAUCAAACAUUACUCCACUACCGUUCUCAGAGGCUUGACACCAUAUCGUCACAGCAAGACCCCAUGGCACAUACUCUUUCUCCCACACGUCAAAAACUGCUUAGCAGCUUUGACACUCGGUGAUGAGAUGGACCACGCAAGUCUAUGUGCAUUCUACGGCACUCUAUCCAUCAGCGCAUUCAGUCUCGGCGGAAUAUACAACUCCAAAAAAUGGUUGAACCAAGGCAAAACAUACUACCGACAAGCCCACUACCAUAUACGGAUGAUGCUCAAGACGGCAUACAAUCUACCCAAAAAGGCUAAAUACAAGUCUAUACUCAUGGCACUCUUGACGAUGGUGCAGAUAUCGGUGCUUUCUGGAAACAAAGACGAAGCCGAGUAUUACUUUUUGGAGACUGAGAAAUUUAUUCGUUUAAGAGGUCUUAAUCGUCGUAAGUCACGCAAGGUUCGACUACUGCAUCAUUGUUAUGUGUUUGAGAGAUUAUCUCAUGAGAGUAGCUUUACUGAUAGCAGACUCAACUUGGAUCAUCGGAAUCAGGUACGUGAAGCGAUUGAGGCUAGUGAUGCAAGGGUAUACAGCCUGGACAAUCUAUCCUUCCGUCUUACCAGUUGGAGGGACUUGGAUCAGGAGAUGCUUAAGGUGAAGGGUCAAGAGGAAGGUGAAAAUGACUUGCACCUUCAGCAUCCUGGUAUUUGGUCCGCCACACUUUAUCCAGAGAUAUUUGGUGUACCGGAACUGCAUCUCUUUAUGCUAUCACUGGUCAUACGUCUCGCUCGGGAAAAAGACGAGAACCAAGACGAGGCCAUACCUUUGAAGGAGUUCAUGGGUCGCGCAAAGGCUGUUGAGCGAUGGAUCAAACAACUCCACAUUCUCCGACAAUCAAUAUGGACAGCAGAAACACCCGUGGACCCAGAACAACAACAAUCGGUCGACCUUCUCAACAGUCUAGCUGAUACGAUGCAGCAUGCCCUUUCUGUCUAUUUCUACCGUAGGAUCUACGACUUGGAUCCUGGUAUGCUUGAGAAACAUGUCCUUGGUGUGCGUGAUCGUCUACUCGAGUUUGAUGAUUCUGAUGCGGGGAUGGGUUAUGGAUCUUUGAGGUUAAUAUGGCCUGCUUUCAUCGCGGCCUGUGAAACAAAUGAUACGAGUGUUCGAGAUUCGUUCAGUCGGUGGUUUGAACGUUCUGCUAAGAAGAGCGGGCUUAGGAUAUUCACUGAGACUAUAGAGCGUAUCAAGAACGUAUGGAAUGGAAGAGACAGUGCAAAUACUGGAUUGUUGGUAUAG